CCAGCCAGCAGCCCCCAGCCAGCCAGCCAGACCGCCCCCAGACGAACAACCAGCCAACCCGCCGCUGUGCCACAACCACCACCACACCUCAACCCACCACUCAUAAUCCCCCGAACAUCACCCAAAAAACCACCCAACACACAUAAAUCCUUCUCUCUGUCCCCAGCAUCGCCGAAAGAACACUUCUCUCCUUGGAAUAUCUCAACAUAGGAAAAGAAGUCCCCAUCCACCCAGCCACCUCUCCUAGCAACAUCCACCUCAACCACAACAAACAUGCGGGAAGACCUCAUAGUAUCGGCAGUGUCCUUUCUCCAGGACCCUACCGUUGCCGCCUCCCCCCUAGAAAAGCGCGUCGCGUUUCUGCGCUCAAAAAACUUAACGCAAGAGGAGAUCGACGCCUCGCUGCGACGAGUGGGAGAGUCGCCUGCAUCAAUAUCUCAUGCCGUAGCUACAACAAACUCAUCGGCACCGCCGCCUUCAUAUGGUGCUCCUCCCCCUUACUCCUCCGGAUACUACGGCCCACAGCAGCAGCAAGCUCCACAGGUUACCGGCCGUGAUUGGCGGGAUUGGUUCAUCAUGGCGACAGUAUCCGGCAGUGUCGGUUACGGUCUCUACUACCUCACCAAGCGCUACGUCUACCCCCUAAUCGCGCCCCCGACACCACCCCAGCUUGAAGCCGACAAAGCUUCGAUCGACGAGAAAUUCACGCAAGCCUUCGAAGUCCUGGACACAUUGAAAGCCGACACAGCCGCACUCAAGUCCGCCGAGGAGGACCGCAAAGCCCGUGUCGACGCUGCCCUGGAAGAAGUCGAGUCCGUCGUCCAAGACCUCAAGAACGCCGGUAAGCGUCGCGAAGACGAGAGUAAACGCGUCGGCGACGAGGUGCGUGGCCUCCGCGACCUCAUCCCCAAGGCCCUCGAGGGACAGAAGGAAUCCCAGAAGAAGGCUCUCGAGGAUCUUCAGACCGAGCUGAAGAGCUUGAAGCAGCUGGUGAUGAACCGGACUGCUCCCGCGAGACCUAGCUACGUACCCACGAGCAACAUCGGCACUCCUCCGCUCGAUCCCGGUGCGGCAUCUAACGCCCCUUCGACGGCCGCCCAGACUGCUAUCAAUGGACUUUCGGUUGCGGCGCAGGGACUCGGAACAGGCGGUACUGCGAUUGGUGGCCUGGAGGCGAAGGCAGUACCCUCAGCGCCGGUGCAGUACCGUGGUAUGGGAGCCGGUGUCGGCGGAAAGCAGAGUAUUCCGGCGUGGCAGAUGGCCGCGGCUAGGGCCAACUCAACCCCGGCGGUGGUUCCCACCGCUACGGCUGCCAGUGGCUCGGGUAAGGGGAGUGAUGCCGAGGCUUCGGCUUCAUAGAGGGAUGACUACCGCAGCAAGGCGUGGUGGGAACGGAAGGGAAUGGACUGAACUGGUUGUAGAAUAGUUGCAUGAGAUGUGGGCAUUUUUUUGCUUUGUGUUUUAUUGAGUGCUGUUGGUUGCUCAUUGUGUUGUGUCGUAUUCCCUAUUUCUAUUUACUUCACCAUCACCCCCUUUCGUUGGUUUAUAUUCGGGUUGGUGAUGGAGAUCAGAUUGAUGCGCGUUGCUUUUUUCGUGUUUUUUUAUUUUGCAGCUUCUUUAUAAGCAACAUCUAGUAUUGUCUGGCACUGGCGGUGGGUGUUCUAGCGUGACGAUUGUGACGGAGACGGGGAUGGGGACGGAUACGGGGACGGGGACAGGGACGGUACGUGAUGGAAUGGUACGUUACAGAGAGACUAAAGAGAG